AUGUUGGGAAGUGGCAGGUCUGUGACAAGCAGGGAACAAGGCAACGACGGCGCAGCCUGGCCCCGGCUGACGGACGCUGGCGACUCAGAGAUGGACAGUAGCUGCCACAACGCGACUGCCAAAAUGUUAGCUACUGCUCCGGCCCGGGGCAACAUGAUGAGCACCUCCAAACCCUUGGCUUUCUCCAUCGAACGAAUCAUGGCGCGCACCCCAGAGCCCAAGGCCCUGCCCGUCCCCCACUUCCUUCAGGGAGCCGUGCCCAAGGGGGACCCCAAGCACUCUUUGCAUCUUAACUCGUCGAUCCCUUGCAUGAUCCCCUUCGUGCCUGUGGCGUACGAUACGAGCUCCAAGGCUGGAAUGACGGGCUCGGAGCCGCGGAAGGCGAGUCUGGAGGCUCCGGCGGCACCCGCGGCGGCGCCCGCAGCGCCCGCGUUCAGCUGCAGCGAUCUGCUCAACUGCGCGCUGAGUCUCAAGGGCGACCUGGCCCGGGACGCGCUGCCGCUGCAGCAGUACAAGCUGGUAAGGCCCCGUGUGGUCAACCAUUCUUCCUUCCACGCCAUGGGAGCCCUGUGCUACCUGAAUCGAGGUGACGGCCCCUGCCACCCGGCAGCCGGCGUUAACAUCCACCCGGUGGCCUCCUACUUCCUCAGUUCCCCUCUGCAUCCUCAGCCAAAAACGUAUUUAGCUGAAAGAAAUAAACUGGUGGUCCCGGCGGUGGAGAAGUACCCCUCGGGAGUAGCUUUCAAAGACUUGUCCCAGGCUCAACUGCAGCAUUAUAUGAAAGAAAGCGCCCAGCUUCUGUCGGAAAAAAUCGCGUUCAAAACCUCUGACUUCAGCCGAGGCUCUCCUAAUACCAAGCCCAAAGUUUUCACUUGCGAAGUGUGUGGAAAGGUCUUUAACGCACACUAUAACUUAACCCGUCACAUGCCAGUGCACACAGGAGCCAGACCCUUCGUUUGCAAAGUGUGUGGAAAGGGCUUCCGGCAAGCCAGCACCCUGUGCAGGCACAAGAUCAUUCACACCCAGGAAAAACCUCACAAAUGUAACCAGUGUGGCAAAGCAUUUAAUAGAAGUUCCACUUUAAACACGCAUACCCGAAUACACGCAGGCUACAAACCGUUUGUGUGUGAAUUCUGUGGCAAAGGAUUUCAUCAAAAAGGGAAUUACAAAAACCACAAGUUGACCCACAGCGGGGAGAAGCAGUUCAAGUGCAGUAUCUGCAACAAGGCUUUCCACCAGGUUUACAACCUCACCUUCCACAUGCACACUCACAACGACAAGAAGCCGUUCACGUGCCCCACGUGUGGCAAAGGCUUCUGCAGGAACUUUGACCUCAAGAAGCACGUCCGCAAGCUACACGACAGCAGCCUGGGGCUGGCCCGCACGUCCGCUGGGGAGCCCGGCACGGACCCGUCGCCCCCUCUACAGCAGAUGCCGCCUGCUACCCUGCCGCCGCUGCCGCCGCCGCUGCCGCCCCCUGGUCCCCUGCAGCCCGGGCUCCACCCGGCCCACCAGUGA